AGAAUUCCCCCCACCCCCAUUAGGCUCUGGCCACGUCAGAUGAGCCGCAGCCGCAUGUGGCAAUGAAAGAGAGAGAGAGAGACAGAGUCUCUCGCGAGAUAUUUCUUUUGCGUUCCAGUUCCCCAGAUAACCGCGCUUGAUUGUCUUCUGUACGCCAUUGGAGUUCUUUGAAGCUUCCCCACACGAGCCACUUUGACGUCCUCCUGUGGAACACCCGCUGCUCUUUAAUAACUGCCAUACUUUGUCUUCCCUAAAGUGAAACCACCUGCUUUUCCACCUCUUCUGUUUUUGCACUUUCAAGUAACACCAGAAGCCGAAUGAGAUGCCAUAAAAUGAAUUUUCAUCGGCGAUCUGCCACGAUGAAAAAGUAAACUCCUCAUCAAUUCACCAUGGAGCCGAUCCGAAUCCGCCGGGUUAGAACUCCGGCACCCCGGGUCAAUACCCGAGACCUAGCGGCCCGGGACCUGGGCCCGCGCGUGCUGGAUGGGUGCUGCGUUGAGGCCGAGCGCGCCGACAGGGUCGGGUAUUGUCUCCAGGGAUUGCGCAACGCCCUACCAGAGCAUCUCCAACCACACCUCACGGCCGUCAUCGACCAUCUGCAGAUCACGAGCCAUCUCCUCCGCGACCUCGCCGACAAGUCCCAGGUGCACCUAUCCCAAGUCCCCGUCAUGAUCGACUACCUCAACGUCAUCCUGCCCUGCCUGUGCCGCACGCUGCGCGACAUCAUGGGCUACUACGAGGACAAGUACCGCAGCAAGGAACACCGCUGGCGCACCAUGUAUCAUGAGAUGAGCAACGAGCUGCCUGGUACCACGCUGCCGGCCAGAUUUGUUAUGUACAACCAAUACCUAGCUUCGCUUAAUUACAUGUUGACGAGGGAUCCGAAUUUCGACGUAAACGCCAUGGAAGCACUCCGCAUACGCAUUCUCCAGUUGCGAGACGCGCGGAAAAUAGAUCCCCCGAGUCCCAUCCGGACCGAUCUCAUCAGACGAGAUACGGCGCUAGAUUUUUGGAAGCAAGAAACGGACUCUCAUUGGGCCGAGGCUAUAUUUACGCAUCCGCUGCCGUCGAGGAGGGAGUUUAGGAAGCGCGGCAAUUACAGAUCAGAUGCUUUUGGACCGUUGGAUAGGAUGGGGCAUUUGGACCCCUUCCCUGAUGAUGUCACGAUACUGGUGAAACGGACAUUUGAGAACGAUCGCGUCUCGAUAAUCAUAUUCCUCCGCCACUACGACCAACUCCCCUUCAUGCUCGUGCGCACACGGACACCCAGCGGCGAGCCGUGGGUCUCGAUCCGCUCUAUCGACGCCCUUACUAUCGAGAGGGAGUCGACGUCUGUCUUGUACCUGACGUACUGGAACCCCGUCGAAAAGCGCAGGAAGGCCUGGGCGAGCCUCGCGUUCCUGACGUGGGAAGAACUGGUGCUGUUCUAUUGCACCUUCGUCGGCCUGAGGAACGAGUGGGUGCGUACUCUCGAUCCCCGCGAGUUCAUCAUUCGCAAGGAGAAGAGGCUGUUUCAGGCACAAAUCGUUGAAGAUGAGGUCGAGCAUUACCUCGCUGUCGUCGAAGACUUCCAUACGAAAGGGCGCCGUCUGCAUGUCAUGACGCGCGACGGUCAGCUUCGGAAUUGUCCUGUCUGGACAGCUUUCAUCCCCCCCGACCCCCCAGAGGACUGGCUGAUUCACAAGGCGCCGCAUCGCGUCUGGCUGCGCAACCUGCAGGUCUACUCGUUCUGCGACGAGUACCGCCCGCACCGCCAGCGCAGGGGCAAGUUCGGGCACUUCCAGAUCCGCUUCGCGCACGCCACGGCCACGACGCGCUUCAAGCAGCUGUUCAACCCGAUCUCCGACCCGUCCGUCGAGGACGCGAGCGAGGAGCGGGACGACGGCGAGGACGACUAUACGCCUAGCGAAGAGUAGGGCUCGAAGCUGGGCGAUCGUCGUCGGCGCGAGCGAGGAGAUCGGCCGUGGAAUGCUGCGUCGCGGCGUAUUUGAUGCUUUGCCGUGUACGCUUGUUUGGCGUCGGCAUGGUCUGCGACUUACUUACUUACUCACCUCUUGCCACCUCCUUUUACUCCUAAUCGCGAGAUGCGCAUAUGGUAGGUACAGAGAAGAUACCGCGCACGUACCUCUGGUCAGGUGUAUCUGUCUGGCAUCGACACAUGCAUGCCACUCAUCUAUCUCCCUGCAAUGGGGAAGAAAAUCACAAUAUCACGAUAUCACGAAUGAAAAUAUGAAGAUUUACACGACGCUGUU